GGUCGAAGUUCAAUUCAGUGUAAACUCAUCUACUAGUCUGACACCUUCAUGUGAUAGUCAUAAGUAAGAAGAGUGUUGAAAACCAUAUAACGUCCAGUCAAGGUUGUCUUGCAUCAUCAUCUCACUAUCAGCCGAGAAAUAUUCAGCUCGUUUUCAUUCAUAUCGUAGAUACUGUGCAUGAAGGAAUCUGAGGUGAUCGCGGUAGUCCAGCAGAUAAUUGACGUUGUUCUGGACCCAUCUGCAACAACUAGCUAUCAUGGUUCUACUUCUAGAGACCAGCCGCCAUGGAGAAGCUCACGAGACUGGGAGUGACUCCAAUUCUGGACAGUUGACGUUGCAGCCAUUGGGAGUGUGUGAAAGCUUGGACAAUCGAUUGUGGCCCACUCAAGACAUUAAGCAAUACGCGAUUCAGUGUGCAAGAUGUGGCAAAUAUCGGGAAGUUCCCAGUAAGGAAGAGUAUGAGAUUCUCUAUAGGAGGCAGAAUCUCAAUCCCCUGGAGCCCUGGUUGUGUGAACAUGCCUCAAAGUGGGGUGAAGACAUGAAAGCCACCUGUGAGUCCGAAGAUCACUAUGCAGAAUCCCCUGAUGUUUGUUUCUUUUUGGAUAAGGGCAAUUAUCCUCCAGUCCCUUCAGGUUGGGAGAGAAUCAUAACCGUGCGGUCUGGUUUAGCUGCAAAAGGGAUCUAUUGCGACGUUUAUUACCGUCAUGUCCCUUUAGGCAGAAAGCUGCGCUCUCUCUAUGAUAUUGAGAGGUAUAUCCACUUACAUCCUGAAAGUUUUCCAGAAGGGUGGGUUGUGAAGGAGCACUUCAGCUUUGCACAUCCGUCGACAUCGGAGAGAUUGAAGCGCGUGAAAACUGGAUACAUUCGAAAGGUUAAGAAGAGUGAUCAUAACAAUAGUAUUACCGCUCCCACAUCUAGAUCAGCAGCAGCUUUGGAGUUGGUCCAACCGGUUUUAGAGAUGGAAUCGACUCAGGCCUCUUCGCAGAAACAACUCGUUCAUGGAACAACAGUUGCAUGGAACUGCGAGAUAAAACAAGAGGUAGAGAAUUAGGUCAUUGCAGAUCUACACAUCCAUCGAUCAAUUCUUCCUUUUAUUGGUUAUCCAUUACGGAUGUCGAAGAACAUCUGAUUGUUGAAGGGAUUGGGAGGAGCGGUGAAUUACUACGCAUCGAAUACUGAUUGGUCACCUUGGAUCAUCUCAGAAGCAAAAUAUGGACCACCAUGUAAUGGCUCUAAAUUGGAGUCAGUUCUCAGAUGAAUGUGAAGCUUCCUAAUAAAGA